UGUCUGACCUUAGCUAGUCACUCAUGCUUUAGCUGGAGCUAGGUGCACUAGCAAAUAUUAGCAAAUAUUGAUGUAUAGCUCACAGGGUGGACAUCCGUAACAAGGUUGAAUGGGAAUACAAGGAUCCAAAUUGCGGGAAUCAUCAAGUCGGGAUAAGCAGGAAACAGACACAAACUUCUGUGUGGUCCACUUUGACGUGACACGUUUCCUUCAUGAAUGAGUGGGUGGGCCCCGACAUUGACGUGGUGGGACCACUGCAAAUCCCACCCACCGAUGAAUUCUCCAUUUCAGAGAGCUCCCAUUUAUUUGAUAUUCUGUCCGAUCAGAGCAAUCCUCUGCUCCAGGACCCUGACAUGUUACCUUUCACCAGCUACCCAGGCAUGCAGUAUUCUAACAUGGAGCCGCCCAUGUCCACAAUGCCAUACUACUGCACUCAGAACUAUUAUCCUCAGUACAGUGGAGAAGAAUGGUAUUCUCAAAGUGGGCUAUACGAACUAAGGAAAACAACACUGGAGGACAGCUAUGAUGGUGACAGGGUGGAGGUGUCCGCUGUCGUGCCUGCUGUAUGCAAGAGGAACCGGCAUAUGACCCAGGCUGGACGGCUCAAAGGGGAGGAGCUUUGUGUCGUGUGUGGAGACAAGGCAUCGGGCUACCACUAUAACGCUCUCACCUGUGAGGGAUGUAAAGGUUUCUUCAGGCGGAGCGUGACAAAGAAUGCUGUGUACAAGUGCAAAAGUGGAGGAAACUGCGAGAUGGACAUGUAUAUGCGAAGGAAAUGCCAGGAAUGCCGACUCAGGAAAUGCAAGGAGAUGGGCAUGUUGGCAGAGUGUCUUUUUACAGAGAUCCAAUGUAAAUCCAAAAGACUGCGGAAAAACACCAAGGCCUCCCCAGGACAGUCGACUGGAGACGAGACAGAAGGGGCGGAUAGCAAAGAAGUCACGUCAACCACCAAAAUCUCACAGGGAAAAAUGACUAAAGAGCAACAUGCACUCGUGAAAGCCAUCGUAGAAGCUUACAACAGGCAUCAAAUUCCUCAAGAAGUGACCAAAAAGCUGCUUCAAGAUCAGUACAGCGCUGAGGAAAACUUUCUCCUUUUAACAGAAAUUGCAACAAGUCAAGUCCAAGUUCUGGUUGAGUUUACAAAAAACAUCCCAGGUUUCCUGUCUUUGGAUCACGAGGAUCAGAUUGCUCUACUGAAAGGUUCGGCAGUGGAAGCCAUGUUUCUACGUUCCGCUCAAGUUUUUAGCCGCAAGAUGCCAAGCGGGCACACAGAAGUUUUGGAGGCGAGGAUACGCAAGAGUGGUAUAUCAGAAGAGUUUAUCGCUCCGAUGUUCAACUUUUACAAAAGCAUUGGUGAGCUCCAUAUGCGGCAGGAAGAGAAAGCCCUCCUCACCGCCAUAACCAUCCUGACACCAGACCGACCUUAUGUGAAGGAUCAACAUGCCGUGGAAAGACUGCAGGAGCCCUUACUGGACGUGCUGAGGAAGUUGUGCGUCUUGCAUCAUCCGCAGGAACCUCAGUACUUUGCACGUCUUCUGGGGCGGCUGACCGAGCUGAGAACUCUCAAUCAUUAUCAUGCAGAAAUGCUCGCAUCCUGGAGGAUGAACGAUCAUAAAUUCACACCGCUGCUCUGUGAGAUAUGGGAUGUGCAGUGACAGCGCGGGAAAAGGAAAAUGUAACAUGGACAUUUUAACUUGAAACAUACGUAGUCACGGUCCACAGUUCAUAUACUGUAUGGUGUCUAUCAACUCAUAUACUGUAUGUGUUUCUAAUAAACUCCCGCACAAACAACUUGCUUGGUUGCCAGUUGUAGUUGCCUAAUUUACAAAUUCCAAUAGUUUUGGAUUUUCAGUGCUAAAAUUUU